UUAGAAUGGCGUCGUCACGAGAAUCCUCACAUUUCAGUAUGACAAUUGAAAAUCCGGAUGGUUUUGAUUCGUUUUUGAAAUCCAUAAUUGAAGGAGCAGUUGUUGGAGCUCAAAGGGCAGUAUCAGCUUCGGUACCAGCAUCGGAAUUGGCUGAUUUUAAAAAUCGCGCGUGUCCAAUAUGCAACAAAAUGUUUGCGUCAAAGAAAAAUCGAGACCGGCACAUCGCAAAUAUUCAUAAACAAAGACAGGAGGACGAUGCAAAUGAAACAACGGUUGAAAAUGGCCAAAAUCGCAAGCUGAAUGAUUCUCAAACGAUGAAUGGACAAAAUCUCAAUCACCAAAAGGAUUGUUCGGUCGGUGGUACAAGCGAUCCAACCCGCCGUUCGUGUACUAAAAACUCCAAAAGAACUGUACCAAUGCCGGUCAACCUAGAUGUGGACAUAAAAUGUGAACUGGUUGAAUAG